CGCCGUUCGUCGCGACGCACUCCGACGCCGUCACCCUGGCAGUAAAGGAAAACCAAAGUGCAGCCUGUAUAACACAACGCGAAGCAUCUACAACUGGUGCAAUUAAUUUUCGAGGGCUUGGUAGUUUGCAGAGAGCGAUAGAGAGAGGGGGAGAGAGAGAAAGAGACAAACAGACACGAGUGAGAUCGUAAGAUCAAGUAAACCAAAGAGAGGUGUUAGAAGAGUUUUGACGUAAAUUAUACAGGCAGCAACGCGGAAAACGAGACGAACGAUACGGGGUAGAAGAACCCAAGGAAAACGACUACGAACGAAUGCGACAGAAGUAAAUUUGUGUAGUACAUACACUUCGACGAGGUAUAUCAGCCUGCUGAGAAGAAGAAAAAAAGAAGGAAAGGAAUAGAAAAGAAGCAACAUGUUUCCUAUAUUAGAAUCUAGAAUGAUGAUUAUUUAUCAAGUAACUAUAAUCUUGAGCUUGAAUGCACUUCUGGUUCAAUGCGCCCCUUUUCUACACCAAACGACCGAUGGAUCCUGGGAUGAAAAUAUGGUGGAUUGUUCGCCCGGAGGACGUUGCUGGGAAUAUUUACAGAGACAGGAACUACCAGCUAAGCAAGAUUACUAUAAAGAUCCUCUGAGACUCCAGAGUCACCGGGAUCAAAAUUCAAUCGUUGCGCAACCAUCUCUAGACACUUUGCCGCCAACUAAUAGAAUAGCUAAAAAAGGUGUAUUCACCUCUCGCGGAUGGGGAGCGGGUGGAAUGCCUUUUUCUGUAUUAUAUAUGAAUCCGCACAGUUCGCGCUCCAACAGUAACACAGGGGCUAACGAGAUCGAACCGGUGAGAGCACUUCCAUUGGAAAGCCCUGCUUCGCUACCACCACCCAGACACUCGACCAAUCGCGUAGCCCUACGAAACGGAGCUUCUGGAAGAAGGCAGUACUCCAUAAUACCUCAACUCUUUGUAUCUUACGGAUGGGGACCGCUUGGGAAAUAGUUAUUUCCAGAUAAAAAAUGCGAAUGUGACUAAGGGACUGCGCGAUUAGAGGAAUAAUUACUGUAAUCUCACAAUUCAAAGUUUGCCAAAGAAAAGUACUCUUCGUUAAUAACCGCAUCAAUAUCUCACAGAGUUAAAACAAUUGUCAAAUAAUGCUAUAUUAUCAGGACUUGAAAAAAAAAACUUGAACUUCAACCCAAUUUACCAAUUGUACAAACUGCCAUUCUGUAGGUAACUCUAAAAUUAGCCACUUUAUGAAAUGUAUGAAUUUUCGAAUAUUAUUACAAGAAUCCCAAUCAUUUAUUAUGCUUAAACUUUAUCAACAUAAUCGUAUCAAAAGCAGCGUUUAUAACGUAACAAUAGCUAAAUUUAAAACGAUAAAAAAAUUCACUGUAAUAUGCAGAAUUCGUAAUCAAGAUUACCACAGCUAAUUUCAUUGUUACUGGUAACUGUUACGAAUUUCGGUGGUAAAUACAGUCUCAUCACAUACAAUCUCAACAUUUUAUGCGCACGAUAUGUACUUGAAAUGAAAUUGUUGUCAUUUAUGUAUACUAUUACUGCUAUUUAUUUACUAAUAUUCAUGAUAAGUAGUUAUUUAUUUAUAGAUUUUAAUUCAACGAAUAAUGAACGAUUAUAAGAUUACUUUGAGAAAUCUUUACGACUUAUUUUUUCUGCUUGGUUAAUUCUCAACAACUGCAUAAAAACUCGAUGUAUAGGCUGGAGCAAUUAUUGAAUAAACAUGCUCAGUUUUACUAAGCUCUAAAGGUAAUAAAUGAACUAUGUUUCCAAGUAAAGCAUAAAAAGUAUAAUGAAUAUAUUUCUAAUAUGAGGAUUACCCCUUUUCUGCCAAAGGUAUCAUAAUGUGUUAUUGA